AUGAUGAUCACUUGGAACGUUGUCAGUGCUAUUCAACUUGCUUCUGUCCAUUAUAAAGGCGGAACUUUACUAUCGGAGGUUUUACGCAUAUUUUCAAAACAUACUUCGAAGAAACGCCUCAUGCUCAACUCCGGAUCCGUAGCUGGUCGUUCUAAAGCCGCAUCCCGAUUUUCACGCUGCCCUCCAAAUCUACGAGAAGCGCCCGCGGAGUUUGGGGAAGAUAAGCGCCUUGGUGUGGCACCCGGAUCCUCCUGUGCCACAGCGUUUCUGAUGGCAGCGCGUGAGAUUUUUCCAACUCUGCAACUAUCAAUGGUUAGUCUGUUUUGUGUAAUGGGCGAUACAGCAGUUCUGGAGUAUCUGGCGCCUGCGAAAACCGAAACUCAGCUCACGCUUGUAUCCGGGAACGGCCUUGACACUCCGGCUCUACGGUACGACUCUAGCGACAAAGCUAAUGGUUUGCGUCAUCGUGGCUUGACAAAUAGAUCCGCGCGCGAGGCUCAUGAAGCUCAUGAAAACGAGACCGAGGAGACCGAUACAGCUACAGAACUCGACAAAGAAGUACGAAGAAGGCUUGAAGAAGAAUAUAAAUCGUCUUGGAGAAGAAUUAUGCUUCUGAUUCUUGCUGUCACUGUACAUAAUAUUCCAGAGGGACUUGCGGUUGGUGUCGGAUUUGGCUCGGUGGGAAAAGCCGAAGCUGCCAAAUUCGAAACGGCCUUUAAUCUUGCCGUCGGAAUCGGUCUACAAAACUUUCCCGAAGGUUUGGCAGUCUCACUGCCUUUGGCUGCAUUUGGACAUUCAAAAUUGAAGGCUUUCUUCUAUGGCCAGUUGUCAGGAAUGGUGGAACCCAUUGCCGCCGUCUUGGGCGCUGCUGCGAUCAUCCUCAUGGAACCGCUCCUGCCCUACGCCCUCGCGUUUGCAGCUGGAGCUAUGAUCUACGUAGUUGUUGACGACAUCAUUCCCGAAGCACAACGGAGUGGAAAUGGCAAGCUGGCCUCCAUCGCGUGCAUCAUAGGAUUCCUAGUGAUGAUGUGCAUGGAUGUCGGAUUGGAUGACUCUUAAAUUCGGUAAAGUUAGGUGUGGGUUGGACAACGCGGAUAGCUUCUCAAAUAUCACGCAGAACUAUAACCGCCUUGUAUUGGAGAUUCUUAUGCUAAUCUCGUUCAAAUGACUUCGAUUCCUUCUCAUGAUAUUUCGGUUAUUAUGUUGUUGUCAUGUUUUGUUGUCAUAAUUGUUGCGCAAAAAAUAAUAUUACAAACCUCACAGAUUUGAUCUGCAUGAGGCAGUUUCCUUCCUAUUAUCGUCCUGCAGCUUUUCUUUCCAUUUUGAAACUAUCAGAUCACUUUAUUUUUAUCAUAUAUAAUUCCACAGAUGUAAGCUCUUGAGCUUCUGGGAAGCAUAAUUAUUGUAUAGCGGUGUAUUGUGUAUGUGGGUUAUCUUGGUAUUUCUUUUUCUUUCUAUUGAAAGUUUAUAGUACUGUGAUAUUGUAUGACUUUAAUCAGAUCUAUGCGUAUACGUUCCCUUCGCCUUAUAGCUGAAUUCCAUUUAACCGCAUCCACCUCGAUUGCCGUUUCAAAUCACGGGAUAGGCUUUGGACUAACAGUACAGAAUUGUGAGAAAUGUGCAAUUCCAGAAUCAGUGCCAUAUAUGGUUUGGUUCGAGUACUUUAUGCAUAAACAUUCGAUUCG